AUGUCGAAGACCGCAAGAUCAGCCUCAAGCGCGCAAAAAGAGCGACUCCAUCAGCCGCUGAGUGAAGAGUACUCGCCAACAGCUCCACUCAAGCAGAAGACUGGCAGGAAGCGAAAGCAAUCGCACGAUGAAGAGCCCGGGCACGAUGCAUACGUCAACAGCCUCGGACAGGACCUCGCUGCGGAAGAUGAGGCGGAGCGACAAUCCACGCAACCUGCUGCAAAGAACGAUGCUUUCUCAUUCAAGAGCAGAUUUCCGAUAGGUGGCGCGGAUGAGGAUAACGCAGGCGCAGAGGCUGGAGAAUACGACGAUGAGGAAGCGUGGGGUUCAGACGAGGAGGUGGAAGAGGUGGAGGUCGAUCCCAACGAUUUGGAGGCGUUCAACAGAUUCAACCGCAGCUUCGACCCGGCGACAUUACUACAACCGAAGGGCAAGGAGACCGACACAGCAGGAGGUGGCACAAAUCUUACGGAACUCAUACUGGCAAAGAUCGCGGCGCAUGAGGCUCAGCAGGAUACUUUAGGGGAAGGUUUCGAGCCUGUACAGCAAGAUGAGCCACCAGAAGAUGCAGUCGAGUUGCCCGAAAAGGUCGUUGAAGCAUAUGGCCAUGUUGGGAAGCUAUUGUCAAGAUACAAGAGCGGAAAGAUGCCAAAGCCAUUCAAGGUUCUGCCCACGCUGCCACAGUGCGACACACUACUUGCGAUUACACGACCCGACAGCUGGUCACCCAACGCCGUUUACGAAGCCACCAAGAUCUUUUCCUCCUCGAGACCAGAAAUGGCACAAUUCUUCAACGAGGAAGUCCUUUUACCUCGGGUGCGGGAGGACAUCCACGAAACGAAGAAGCUGAAUGUACAUCUGUACAAGGCUCUGAAGAAGACACUUUACAAGCCGGCGGCGUUCUUUAAAGGCCUGGUUUUCCCACUCCUCGAAUCCGGCACUUGCACGCUUCGAGAAGCCACCAUCAUCGCCUCAGUCGUUGCAAGAGUCUCUAUCCCAGUCCUACAUUCUGCGGCUGCGCUCUACCACCUUUGCGAGAUCGCAAGCAAUCAGAUGUCAGUGGACGUUGAAUCAGCCGGCGCAUGCAACAUCUUCAUCCGGACACUGCUGGAGAAGAAGUACGCCUUGCCCUAUCGCGUGAUCGACGAACUGGUCUUCCACUUCCUGCGCUUUAGACAGGUCAAGCAAGGCGAUGGCGAAGACGUGUCUAUGAGUGGAGCAAGCGGGUAUCCGGGCAAGAAAGGCGCUGGUGAUACCAAACUGCCUGUGCUGUGGCAUCAAUGCUUGCUCGCUUUCGCGCAAAGGUACAAGAACGAGAUCGAGGAGGAGCAGCGGGAUGCUCUGCUGGACUUGCUGAAGGUUAGAGGGCACAAAGACAUCGGACCGGAGGUGAGGAGAGAGCUGGUGGAAGGCAAGCCGAGGGGUACAGCCGAAGACACUGGUGCGGCGAUGGGCGGCGACGAUACCAUGGUUGAUGUUUGA